GGCUGACGCGAAGAGGAGGAAGAGGAGAGGAGGCUCCGCCCACUCUGCCUAUUGCGGGAAGGAAGCGGGUUGGGAUCCGACGUUUCUAGGAUGGAGGGCGGGUCUGUGUCCAACGUGGAGGCUUGUAACUUGGCCUACGCGGGGCGCCUGGGGGAACUGAAGGAGCGGCUGGCUGCCAACCGGACCUUGGCAACGCGCGCGGACCAGGAUAACAGGACACCCCUACACUGGGCAUGUUCAGCUGGACAUACAGACAUUGUUGACUUCUUACUAACCCUGGGAGUGCCUGUUAACAACAAAGACGAUGCUGGCUGGAGUCCUCUGCAUAUCGCUGCUUCUGCUGGCCGAGAUGAAAUUGUGAAGGCUCUCAUUAGGAAAGCUGCUCAGGUGAAUGCUGUCAAUCAAAAUGGCUGCACACCUCUGCAUUAUGCAGCAUCCAAAAAUAAGCAGGAGAUUGCAGUGAUGCUGCUGGAGAAUGGAGCUAAUCCAGAUGCAAAGGAUCACUUGGAAUCUACUCCAUUACACAGAGCAGCCUCCAAAGGAAACCUGAAAAUGAUACAGAUCCUUUUGAAGCACAAAGCUUCUGCCAAUCUACAAGAUUCAGAGGGAAACACAGCUCUCCAUUUAGCCUGUGAUGAAGAGAGAGUAGAUGAAGCUAAACUACUGGUGUCGCACGGGGCAAGUAUAUAUAUUGAGAACAAAGAAGAGAAGACCCCACUGCAAGUCGCGAAAGGUGGCCUGGGAUCCAUACUUAGGAGGCUAGUUGAAGGCUAGCAGUAUCAGUCUAUUCUAUUUUUGAUGAACAUACUAAAGACUGUUCACUGUCUUGAAGUUGGCUUUAACUGUCACAACUUGAAUUUUUAUUGUACUACAUUUCUCUACAUCUUCCUUGGCCAAACAAAACUUUUAAUUUCUUCUUACUAAGUUUAUCGUUGGGUUUUUUUUAAAAAAAAAAAAAGCUCUGCUUUUCCUGUAGAAGAAACCCAUCUUCUCAUCCUGGUUGUAGCAAUCUUUUUUGCAUACAUCUGCUUAUAAGACCAGGCAAUAAUCAGUAUUCCUCAAGCCAGUUCAUGGAACUACAGAUUCUUGUUCUCAGUGAAAGUGAUCUGAUCUCUUUCUUCAGUUCAAAUGUCAUCAUGGUUGUAUGAAAUGAAAUGCGGGGGGAGAGAAUGGGGCUCUGUGCCCACCAAAGGCCCAGAAACUGGAGGGUACCUGACCCUGUGUAAAAGUUUUGUGGUGGAGGAGUUUACUUUGGUGUAAAACUCAAUGGAAUUGUUAUUUGCAGAAAUCAGUUGGUUCCAUCUUAUUCCCAGUAUAGGGGGAGAAUGACAGGAAUCGAGCUUUAGGAGAAGGUAGUGGGCUUAAUUCAGCCUUAACAAUGGUAGACCUAGGAAGGCUGCAAGCAGAAAUAGUUCUACUUCUGAAUAAAGAUCAAGUGCUGCGACACCUUAACACAUUGGCAGGGUUGCUAUACCAUGAACUCGCGUAGAGAACUGUCAAUUUCAAUAGACUGUUUCUUAAACAAAAUAUGACUGUCUGUAACCUCUUCCUAGAUGUUGUUGAGCAAUAUUUUAAACAAACAAACAAAAGUCCUAGUUUUUGCCAGUAAGAGCUUACAUUUGUUAGGAUCAUCUGCUGGCCAAGUUGUGACUGUUUCUCUGUUUCUUCCCUUCUUCCCUCAUGGUGGUUUUGAGCUGUGCAGCUUAAUGCAAAGAGCUUUAUACAACCAGAGUGAUUUGUUAUGCCUUAAGCUACUUAUAAUAAAAUAUUAUUUGCUCCUUAA